AUGGACAUUGCAAGCAUACUCGCCUCAAGACUGUCGACAUCCGCCCGCGUAGGCACGCCGGGAAGUGAGAAUUUCGCGGAGUCGGAUUUGCGCUACACGCAAUAUGGCCGACCAUCAUACAGCGUAUCGGUAAUGCCAGCAAGCGAAGAGGACGUCGUCCAAACAGUGAAAUUCUGUCACGAGCGUGGUAUCUCUUUCGCAGCGCGAUCGGGGCAUCACUGCGUGACGACGUCGAUGCGCCAUCUCUGCGAUGGCAUCUUGAUUGAUAUGCGCGCGCUGUCCAAGAUCGAAUUGAACGACGCCAAGGAUCAAGCAUCGUGCCAAGGGGGGUUAAUUACUGAAGACCUCGUCGCUUUCCUCCACCACCACCACCGCGAAGUCACAAUCGGCAGCUGUCCCACCACCGGCGUGAUCGGCGUUGCCUUCGGAGCAGGACUCGGAAGGCUGCAAGGCAAAUAUGGCUACCUCCACGACAACUUGAUAUCUUGUCGUUUGGUCCUCGCCGACGGCAGCGUGGUCACCGCAUCAGAAGCCUCACAUCGCGACCUCUUCUGGGCAGUCAGAGGCGCCGGUCACAAUUUUGGAAUAUGCCUCGAGGCAACCUUCCGAGUGUACGAGCAAGCAAACAAUGGGAUCCACUACUCGUGGGACCUAGAAUACCGCCUGGAACACUGCGAUGAUGUAUUCUCCACCAUCAAUGACGUCCACGCCAACAUGCCCGCCGACUUGGCCAUCUUCGUGGUGUGGCGGCGGGAGAGCCCCAAGACUGGUCUGAAGCAUCUCAUCCUCGUCAACCUCGUCUGGUCAGGUCCAGAGGAAGGUGCAGCAUCUUGGAUAGAGCAGUUUGAAAAAAUUGGACCUGCAUAUCACAGUGGCAAGGUCACAACUACAUGGCCAAACCUGCCAUGGGAAACAUAUGGCGGCAUGAACAAGAUGCUAUCCCGCCCGGAAAAGUGGGAGCUCCUACCAUACAAGAUGAUGAGCGCUGUGAACGUCAAGGCGUUCGACCUGGGCACCACCAGAGCAUUCUUCGAAAGCGUGAAAGCAAUGAACAAGGGGUGGGAUGGCAAGGGCUGGUUCGGCGCCAUGUUCGAAUGUCUUCCCAACCAGCAGACACGUGCACUUCCCAACGAUGCAACGGCCUUUCCAUGGCGUGGAACAGAUCAUUUCCUGAUGAUGACUGCGACUCCAAGGUCGCUGGACGAUCGUGAUGAGUUCGAGGCACACCUGGACGAAUGGAAGGCCAAGUUUGUCAAUGUUUCUGGUUACGGUCGGCUUUGUCAAUAUGUCAACUACGGCAGCACAACCGUCACUGUCCAGGACCCGCCUGAGGCAAUGUACGGAUAUGAGCCUUGGAGAUUGGAGAAGCUGAGGACACUGAAACGCCAGUAUGAUCCCGGUAAUGUCUUCCGCUGGUAUCAACCAUUUGUCUGA